AUGCCCGAGUUCAAUGGGCACAUAAAAACGCUGAGCCGCAAACAGCAGGAGAACGUACGACAUUGUUUCGUUGCCGCGAAGCGGAAGCCCCUUCAUGGAUACAAAUACAGCCCAGGAUGGAUCCUCGAGUGCAUCGUGCUCUACAUGAAAGGACCCCGCCUCUACAGACAUCUCCGACGUAACAAAAUCCUGGUCCUGCCAAGUCGGUCCUGCAUAAAGAGCUACAUAAGGAACUUCAAAGGCAGCUUCGGGUUCAACGCCAACAUAUUCUCAGCUGUUAAAGCCAAGACGGCAUCCAUGGAUGCGUACCGGUUGCACGGUGGGUUGGUGCUGGACGAGAUGAAGCUGUCGGAGCAUCUCUCCUUCACCGGGACAUGCGAAGUUCAGGGUUUCGUGGACCUUGGAUCGUUCAUGCCGGAAGAUGCUCGGCGUACCCCAGCGGACCACGGCCUGGUUAUAAUGUUUCAGCCGUUCGUAGGUGCAUGGACGCAGAUUAUAGGUGUCUUCGCCUCACGGGGAAACGUGAAAGCGCACGUGCUGACAAAGAUCCUCGUGGAAGCCAGCAUCUUGUGUGAACAGGCUGGUCUGUUCGUCGAUUACCUAUGCUGUGAUGGCGCCUCAUGGAACCGCUCCAUGUGGCACAUGCUUGGUAUUAGGGCCACUAACAGCAAGGACGUGAACUGCAAGAUACCUCACUCCGUCGAUUCCUGGAGAUUCCUGUACUUCCUGUCCGAUUUUCCACACCUGGUGAAGUGCGUACGAAAUUCGUUCCAAAAAGCUGGCUUCGACACUCACAUGGGGAGGGUACUUUGGGAGCAUAUAAAAGCAGCCUGGAAGUCCGACUCGAGAAACUCUGCACUAAGAGCGAUGCUGAGAAUCACCGUACACCCACAUUUAUCCUGGUCCAUUUGACAAAACGCGCGUGACUCUAGCCUUCCAGAUCUUCAGCGACGAUGUGCUUCGCGGAUGUGAUGUGAUGUGAUGUGA